GCAAAGAUAAAAAGGCAACAAUCAUCACCCCACAAAAGCCCCCGGCUUCCAGCUUUCAGCUUCAGCUUAAUCCAACUCCACCAAACUUAUAUUACACCAUUCAAGAUUUAUAAGAAAGAAAUACAUCCCUUUAACUGCCUUUGCUUUUCUCUCAUCUUUCUUCCACACUUUCCCUUUAAUUUCUUCAAGAAAUGAAAGUACCCUUUCCUGCUGCAAACAAUCACGCCACCUCGAGAACCGCGUUGAGUUCUACCCCGACCACAACUCUUCCGGCGGUCUCCUCCGCCACCACCACCACCACCGCCGCUAGCUCCCCCUACGAGCCCAAAUCUGUUCUUGAGCUCCGAUCCAGCCCGAGCCCGGUUUCUGAUCAUAAGCCCGCUUCUAAUAAUACUUGUGCUGCUGACAUAUUAUUGGCUGACGAUCCUCUUCAGCUGGAUCAAGAUCAUCAUAUGCUUAUCAACCCACAAGAGUGGGAUUCUUGGAUGAGAGAGUUGGGUUUGCACGACGAUUCCACUACUCCUGUUUCCAAACAACUCACUUCUCACUCUGAUCAAUCGCAUCAGAAUCACUACUCGAAUGAUCUCCUCGAGUUCCCACCUGCAAUUAGCUCCCUUGAUUCAAAUCAUGAUCAGUUUGUACCCGUUGAUUUCGGACUUCUACCUGAUAUCCCCAUAAACCAUAACUCUAAUUCCUUAAAUUCCUUUGAUGCCCUCUCUGUCGACCUGAACAGCAGCAACUGGAACGUCGUCGGAUUUGACUACGUCGACGAAUUAAUCCGACUCGCGGAGUGCUUUGAGACUAACUCACUCCAGCUCGGGCAAGUGAUAUUGGCGCGGCUCAAUCAACGGUUGAGAUCUCCCAUCGGGAAACCCCUCCAGAGAGCUGCUUUCUAUUUCAAGGAAGCUCUUCAGUCUUUACUCACCGGGUCAGCUCGGCUGGCUCACCAGCCCGCUAAUUCUUCUGAGAUCAUUCAAACCAUCAAAGCCCAGAAAACCUUCUCCAACAUCUCUCCAAUUCCGAUGUUUUCCAGCUUCACAGCUAACCAAGCCUUGCUCGAAGCCAUAGACGGCUCCUCGCAUGUCCACAUCGUCGACUUCGACAUCGGCUUCGGCGGCCACUGGGCUUCCUUCAUGAAAGAGCUCGCCGAUAAAGCGGACUUACGAAAAGCCGCGCCGCCGGUGAUCCGAAUAUCAGCCCUCGUUCUGGAGGAGUACGCGGCGGAGUCCAGGCUGAUCAGGGAGAACUUAUCUCAGUUCGCUCGGGAGCUAAAUAUUAGGUUUGAGAUCGACUUUAUUUUGAUACGUACCUUUGAAUAUUUGUCCUUUAAAGCCAUUAAAUUCAUCGACGGUGAAAGAGUAGCAGUUCUUUUAACUCCGGCAAUAUUCCGGCACGUCGAGACCGGGUUCCUAAAUGAUCUCCGGCGAGCCUCUCCGCACGUGGUGGUGCACGUAGACGUCGAAGGGCAGAUGGGGUACGGAGCGCCUUCAUAUCGGCAGGCUGUAAUUGACGGUCUGGAGUUUUACUCCACGCUCUUGGAAUCUAUGGAGGCUGCAACUCGGGAGGCGCUGGUUGCGGCGGGGUUGCGGCAGGUGGGGCUGAGCCAAUUUGCUGACUUUCAGGCAGAGUGUUUACUUAGGAGAGUGCAAGUCAGAGGUUUCCAUGUCGUGAAACGACAGGCGGAGAUGCUGCUCUGCUGGCAUGAUAGGCCGCUAGUGGCGACGUCAGCUUGGAGGUUUUAGAGAAAAAGAUUGAAUCUAUGUCAUGAUGAUCAACUGGAAAUUAGGGUUAGGAAUGAAGUACGUUUAUCCUGACCUGUCUAUGCUUAAUGUGUAGUUUAUUUUGAUGUUUAUUAACUAGAUAAUGAAUUAGCUUUUCGGUUUA